GUAGAUAAUCCCGGCGUCUUCCUCUACCAUGCUCAUUGAUUGCUCUAAUCGGCAUCCCUUUAGGGUUUCAGCGAGCCAGAGUAAAAUAAGCAGAUCAAUAUGGGCGGUGGAGUCCUGAGAACUGCAGCGAAGGUUGCCUCAGGUGGAUCUUUCCGCUCUCCGCUUGCUGGUGAGGCGAGUCGAAGGGUCGCCCGGCCGCCAGCUUCCUCUUUUUUGCCCGCCGUCGAGCCUGGGAUCAGCGUUUCCAGCCUUUCCGCCGGUCCUGCAGUAAAUGAGACCCCGGCAAUAACCGUCGCAGCCCGCUGGCCCGAGUGGGAAUUUGAUGAGUGGGAUUUCGCUGCAGAUGAAGAAAAACAAAUUCUUGAAUCAGUUGAUGUUGCUCCUCGAUUGGUUUUCGGUCCUGUUCCGACCAUCGAGGAGGCCAAGGAGGCCACUACUGAUCUGAAAGAAGCGCUGGAGAAAGUAUAUUUUACACCUGAACAUACCCCGGGUUCUUGUGAAGGCGGCCAAGCAACUAGUGGUGCCGUUUCUGCUGUACCAAAACAUGUUUCUCAGAUGUUUUCUUUGCUGCAAGGAAGCUCUGAAGCUCAGGGCGUGGUUGCUUCUCUCGCUUCGGAUGAAAAUGUUUGGAAUGCAGUCAUGAAAAAUGAAAAAGUUCAACAGUUCUGCAUGAACGCUUCACCUGCCGUAACUCAAAUAUUUACGGAUCCAGCUGAAUCCGUUGCUAGCAAGUCCGGCUUUUCGACGACAAUGGAAAGCGGAAAAACCUCGCAGGACUCUUUCGUGAUGGAUUUACUGAAUAACAUCAAUAACAUCAAGGUUAAAGUAACGCAGGUGAUGAGCAAUAUUUCAGACUACCUCCAAGAUAUAUUUGGGAUAUCCAGCGAGAAGGAAACAAGCAGCAGUGAUGAUAAACAUACCAACAAGGCGCUCGGAGCCUCCUUCCUGGCAUUAGCUGUUGCAUCCAUUCUGAUUGUUCUGCUUAAGAGGGCGUAGUUCUCUUUUAAUGUCAUGUAUUUUAUAUGGAAUUUGUCGACACAGACUGAUGAAACCUGGAUGCUUGUGAUCUUGGUAUGAACUUAUCUAUGUGUAUAUUUUGGAUGAAUUUAGCUGU